CUCGUCUGCGAACGGAGCUGGUUGCGGCCCUUGUCGCAGUCUUUGUACCUCAUUGGGAUGCUGUUCGGAAACCUUAUUUUUCCGCAGGUUUCAGACAGGUUUGGCCGCAAGGUAUCCGUCCUAUUGUCUUCGGUCAUGAUGCUGAUUUUUGGAUUCCUCGGCGCAUUCAGCGUAUCAUUAUCCAUGUUCAACGCUACCAGGUUUCUAGCAGCCUUGGGAACAGGAGGGAUACAGAGUACAUCAGUAACUUUAUUCGUGGAAACUCUGCCUUCCCGACACCGAGUUCUGUUUGUCGCGAGCUAUGGCUUUGGUUGGACUGUUGGACAGCUGGGCACGGUGGCUUUGGCAUACGCUAUCCGAAACUGGAGAAACCUCCAGAUGGCGUCUGGUUUAUUUGCCUUGCCCUUGAUUGUCCUGUGGUGGUUUGUGUCGGAGUCUCCAAGAUGGCUUCUUACACAAGGAAGAGAGGAAGCCGCCAUGAAAGAGCUACGAAGGGCGGCUAAAAUUAAUAAAUCUGUACCACCAGAUCUCACGCAACUUUCCGACUUGCUGAAACGCCAAAGCAAUGUUGCAAAACUCAAGACACCUACACUUCUAGACUUGCUGAAGGGCUCAAAGCUGAGAGUCUACACAUUCGUUAUGUUGUACACAUUCUUUGCCCAGCGGAUAUUGUACUUCCAUCUCUCAUAUGCGGCAGUUCUUAUUGGUGGGGACCAGUUCCUCAACUACACGAUCGUACAGUUCAUGGAACUGCCGGGGAAGGCCCUUGGAAUUGUGGCGACGAUUUUCUUUCCACGGAAAGCUUGUCUCAUUAUCUUCUACGUUUGUGGAGCUAUUGCAUUUUUGGUGGCUCUGGCGUUUCCUAAAGAUUCUAUCUGGGGAAUGGUGGCCGUGUCGGCUGUGGCCAUGCUCUUUGGGUCUGCAAACUUAGAGCUCUUGUGCAUCUACGCUGCUGAGGUGUUCCCCACGUGUGUUCGCACUAUUGGAGUUGGAUCUGCCUACAUGGCCAGUCGAGUUGGCUCCGCCCUUGCACCGUUUGUUUCAAGCAUCGAAGACGUCGCUCCCCGUGGAGUAAUGGAGGCAUGUGUCAGCGGCAUGCAAAUCAUCGCUGCCUUGACUCUAUUGCUUACUCCCGAAAGUUUCCGAAAGCGACUGCCAGACUCACUAGAAGAUGCUGAACUUCCGUUCAGAUCCCAAGGCGCAAACAUCGAAGUGGAUGACCGCAAGGAAUCUGAGAAUGGUUUAGACAUUUCCAACACGGUGGUUUAGUUUUCAUAUUAGUGGCUAUAAAAUACCGUACUUUUAGGUCGCAAAGAAAGCGACGCAGUUAAAAAUAAUCUAGGGUAAAUGCCCUGUUGGGAAAGUAAGCUAGAUACCGUUUUAGGAUUUGCCAAGAGCAAAAAAUAGAAACGACUGAGGUUUCGUGGAUUAUUGCACCAUAAUAUAUAGCUAAGAAAUCAUGAACAAAUCCGGUAUUGAGAAUUAUUUUCCAUGUUUGUCUUGUAUGAUAAAUAUUGUUCGAUAACUUAGAUUACUCCCGUUUACAAAAGAGAUUUAUACAACGUAUUUACAGUUUAGACACGGGGAGGGCUCUUGAAGGCUGGUGUUGUACCGACCAACGGUUCCCCAACUAGGCUCUCCUCUUGUCUAGACUGUAAAUACGUUGUAUAAAUCUCUUUUGUAAAACGGAGAAAUCUAAAUUAUCGAACAUUUUCUUGCGAGGUGUGCCGUCGGGCGCGUAUACACAUUUAGCCAGAAAUGUCCUCAAUUAUUAAUAAAUAUAAUCCCUAUCCUCUUUUGCGCAUGUCACUAUAACAAAGAAAUAUAUCCCAAAAGCUUAACCUGCC